ACCGCAAUCAGCAGACCGAAAAGAAACAAGGGCAAGAACUAGCUCAGUCCCAGUAAAAGGUUGAAUGGCUAUAUAAAGGGACUUCACUAAGACCCUAAUCACUAAUUCAGGUAGCUAGCUAGUAGCAAUGGCGACGCCUCCAGCCAUCUCCUUCCUCGCCGUUGCCGUGGCUUUGAUGGCGGUGCUGCAACCAGCGGCCACCAAUCCGCCGCCGCCACCAGCGCCACCGGCGACGGGCGCGCCGACGACCUGCAUGUGGAUAUUAGCGAAUCUUGGCAGCUGCCUCCCGUUCCUCUCGACCGGGACGAGCCUCGCCGGCCCGCCCGCCAGCUGCUGCGGGUCGUUGAGGGCGAUUUCCACCUCUCCGGCGUCCAUCUGUCUGUGCCACCUCAUCGGCGGCGAGGUCAACCAGCUCACGCACACCAACAUCGAUCCGGUUCGGCUGGCUAUACUACCUCUUGUGUGCUUGGCGCUUAUACCCCCGGAGCUGCCCUACAUGUGUUUCGUGGGACCUGUGCCUCCCAUCAGUGGCGGAGCUUGACCUUGAAUUUCAGACAAAUGAGGGGGCCACUAUUUGCUACAGUAAUGAAGCUCCGCCCUUGCCUCCCAUCGAUCUUCCCCCACCGCCAUCGGCGACGCUUCCUCGCCCCUGAAAUUCCACAAAAGGGCAUGGCUAUAGAGAGCUCACUAACAAUGUCAUACAAUCAGAGAUAUGUAUUGAGUCUUCAAAAUUUCGUACACCUUGUUGGUGGUUUGAUUCUUUUCCUUUAACAGUUAUUAUGACGAUGCAUUAUAUAUGUAUGAAUAAAAACCGUUUGCGUUCGUGUU